AUGCCCACUGUACUGCAGGAAAGUUUUAUAGAAUCACUACAAUCCAAAAUUUAUUAUAGAACAAAAUUUGAAUCAUCAUUCGAUUACUGCAACGCGUUUGAUGAUAAUAGCAAAUUCCUAGGAAAAAGAUCUGAGAUAUAUAAAAAUGAAAAAAUUAAAAGUUUUGCAAAUAAGCUUAUGAGUCCUUUGUGUUAUGUGGCUUUUAAUAAUGAAGGAGAUGAAUGUAAUAAGAAAUGUCAUUAUUUGUACUAUUGGUUAGGAAAUGAAUUAUUUAAUAAAUUAGAGGAAGAUUCAUUUUCAGAAGUUAUUGAAAUACUUGAGGAUGUUUCAAAUGUUCUCUCUGGGGGUGGUAAAUGCAAAUGUAAAUUUUUUAAAAAUAUUAAUAAGGAGAAGUUUGAAAAAAUGAAGAUUGUUUAUGAUUACUGUAAAGAUCACGAUAACAUUAAGAGUACUCUUGAAGGUCAUAUUAAUAAGUGCACUAAAGAAGUUAAUGAUUAUCUUGUUAAAGCCACUAGUAUAUAUGAGGAAGUAUAUAAAUGUACAGUAAAUAAUUCUGAAACGUAUUGUUCUGUACUUAAAGAGCAUGCUCCUAUUUGUUUUGAAAAAAAGUUAUCUCAUUUGACAUGUAAAAUAAAGGAUCUUACCGCAAAUGAACAAGGUACAAGUCAUUAUAACACUACUAUUUUGGACCCAGAACUUGUAAUUAAUGUAUCUGCCUUUAGUUCAUCUCAAAUUUUUCUGUUCUUUGUUCUACCCUUUGUCGGCAUUUUCUUCAUUGGCUUCCUACUAUAUAAAUUUACUCCAAUUACAUCAUGGAUACACCCUAAAGUAUUAAAGAACAAAUUAAUUAGACGUAACUUGGAUUAUAUUGAUACACUAGAAUUAACACAACGCACAUAUGAACAAAGAAAAUCAAAUUUAGAUAGAAGACAACUAAAUGUAGCAUACCAUGCCUCAUGA